UGAAACACAAACAAAACCCCUUCCUGCUUUAUUUAUAAACGCGUGUUUUUAUACUUUUGGCUUUAGGUAAAAUGAUACUUUAUCCUUUUUUUUUAAACUAUUAUUUGGGAAAAAAAUUUAAAUUCCAUUUGUGUUUUGUUUUUUGUUUUUGUUUUUGUUUUUUUUGGUUUUUUUUGGCACUGUGAGGCUUCCCAGGGAGCUGUUUUUAACUCUGUAUCCAUUUGUACUUCGUGUCUUAAACCGUUUCAAAUAAAAACGUGACCAUUUGUUACCGAGCCGCGCCCGCGGUUCGUUGUUCGUGUUCCGGGGGAAGGGGUGGGCGGGGAUAGGGGCGGGGCCGGGGCCGGGGCCGGGCCGGGCCGUGCAUGGCGGAGGGCGCGGCGCUGCGGGCCGUGAGGGGCUGCCUGGCCGCCUUCCCGCGGGAGGCCCGCGAGCUGGGCUGGCCGGAGUCCGUACCCUAUCUUGAUAGGCCUCCGUCCCCACUGGAGUUUUAUCGAGAGUGGGUGAGUCCAAACAAACCCUGUAUAAUUCGCAACGCCAUCAGCCACUGGCCGGCUCUGAAGAAAUGGACCUUAGCGUACCUCAGGGAGGUGGUAGGUCCCAAGGUGGUGAGUGUGGCAGUGACACCAAAUGGUUAUGCAGAUGCAGUGUUUCAGGACCGUUUUGUCAUGCCAGAGGAGCGCCAAAUGCUUUUCAUGGAUUUUUUGGACAUUGUGGAGAAGAAAGUGACCUCUCCCAACGUUUUCUAUGUGCAGAAGCAGUGUUCAAACCUCACUGAGGAGUUUCCUGAACUUGUCUGUGAUGUGCAGCCUGAGAUACCAUGGAUGAGUGAGGCACUGGGGAAGAAGCCUGAUGCUGUGAAUUUCUGGCUUGGGGAGUCAGCUGCCGUGACAUCUUUACAUAAAGACCAUUAUGAGAACUUGUACUGUGUGGUAUCUGGAGAGAAAUAUUUUCUACUGCAUCCACCAAGUGACCGUCCCUUCAUCCCAUAUGAGCUCUAUCAGCCAGCAACCUACCACAUAUCAGAAGAUGGUUCAUUUGAAAUUGUGGAUGAGAAGACCACAGAGAAGGUGCCUUGGAUCCCUCUGGACCCCUUGAACCCAGAUCUAGAACUGUAUCCAGAGUAUGCUCAGGCAAAACCUUUGCAGUGUACAGUGAAAGCUGGUGAGAUAUUAUAUCUGCCUUCCCUCUGGUUCCACCAUGUUCAGCAAUCACAUGGCUGUAUUGCAGGAGACAUACCACAAAAUUAGCAAGAAGAGCAGAAUUAAAGCACUGUCUGAUUGAUGACCACUGUGAAGUAGUGGUGAAUUUUCCAUCCUUUACACAGGAAGAGAUGUUUCCAUCCAGAUAUUAAACUUGGUAGUUUGGUCUAAAUAGAAGCAUACUAUUCCUAAAUGUUUUGCCAUCUUCUGCUUCAAUGAAUUUUCGGUACAGAGUCUGAAGUUGGUUUGUUUAAAGACAGAGUUGCAUUGGCAGCACUGUUGAAGAACUCUGUUGUUUGCUUAUAUUAUUUUUGUCUGUAGUCAAAGCUUUGCUCAUUUCAAAGUUCAGUCAGUAAUAAGGAAAAGCCUGUACUAACUGAACUGUGUAAAGCAGUCUAUGAACACAUUUGUAAAUCAUUACUUUCUGGCCUUAAAAAGUUUUUCCCUUUUCUUGUCUCCUCAGUGAAUUAUUGGUAUGACAUGGAAUAUGACAUUAAGUACAGCUAUUAUCAGCUACUAGAUUGUCUCACAAAAACUGUGAAAAUGCUGUAGCAAAGGUGGGAGGCUCAAGCUUGUGAUGUCUGUUUCUGAUGUGAUACAAUCAUCAGUAUCUGUGACUGGAGUAUAAACAUGAUUCCCCAAAAAGAACUGAAAUGAAAUUAUGGUCAACAAUGCCUGCUGAACACAUCAUGACUAUUUUUCUUGGUUUCAGAGUACAGACCAAUUGGUCAGAUUUUUUGGCUUGUAACUAGAAUUUUGAUAGUAGGAUUUUUAGGCCUUUGCAUGUUACCUCAGGUUAACCAAAUAAAAUGUGAAUGGAGACAAUCUUGGUUUUGAAAAUCCCAAGACAGAAGCCCUGACUGUUUGUUCAGAUCUACAGAUUGUUUUCAUAACAACCCAAGUGGACAAGGAAGGAUCUGCUCUAUGCAUCAGGCUGCAACAGUUCAAUGUAUGUAUUCUGCUUAUGGCAAAAGCCUGUCCUGUUGUAAUUCUCUAAGUUCAGUGGCUGUGGUGUUUUGAUGGUGAGAAUCUACAACUUCUGAAAUAAAUAGGUCAGUUUAAAGCUUAUUUCUGUACUAAUUAAUGUUUUUUCCAAAGUAGACAAUGGCUGAAGGACCAUCUAGGAGUUCAUGUGAAAGUCAAUGUUGGCUAUUUUCCAAUAAAAGCUACACAUUUUUAU